AUGUUCGGUCUUAUCACUUGGUUUCAAGGAUCAUUCUCCGUUGCUGCGGUGUUAGUAUUCCUCUAUGCUAGCCAAGACGUUGCAGAAAAUCUUUCACCUCAAGGAUGCCGAAUGUCCUAUAUGAAUCCUCUAUAUAUUCCUCAAACCCAAUUUAACAGCACUUGGACACCGUUAGCGGAGCGAUAUUCUUUGGUCCUGUAUCGAGAAGACCAAUGGGAACGAGAGCUUCAUGGCGGAACUCCGGUUCUUUUUAUUCCUGGAAAUGCAGGUUCCUCAGGACAAGUACGAUCUAUCGCGUCCUCUGCCACUAGACAAUAUUACUCCAGACCAAAUGUACCGACUUACGAAACAUGGUCGCGAAACAUGAAAGCCUUGGACUUUUUUGCGGCGGACUUCAAUGAAGAUCUUUCCGCAUUCCAUGGACCAACCCUAAAGGCACAGAUCGAGUACUGUGCUCGUGCAAUAUCCUACAUUCUUUCACUGUACCCACCAAAUACAUCAAUCAUCAUCAUGGGCCACUCUAUGGGUGGUAUCGUCGCCACAUCUCUGUUACCGUCGAAAGACAUUUCGUCCAUCAUCACCAUGUCGACUCCACAUACCUUGCCUCCUGCUCGUUUUGAUCAGCGAGUGGACGAAAUUUACGCACGUAAUCGAGAAAUUAUGCUCCACGACUCCACACCGAUUUUGUCCCUUUGCGGAGGCGCAAUGGACAUGAUGAUUCCUUCCGAGUCGUGUAUACUGCCUCCACUCGUUGAGGGGUUACCUGUACCUUAUCGACGGACUGUAUUUUCUUCUGCACUUGAGGGUGCUUGGACUGGUGUCGGUCAUCGGGAAAUGGUCUGGUGUCAUCAAGUACGAUGGCGUGUCGCGCGUGCUGCAAUGGAAUUGUCUAUGGCUCCCUCUCUAGCUGAACGCGGACUCAUCCUUGACAAGUGGUUCAGGGAUGGUCACACUUUACCUCCUGCGGAAAACACAGAAGCGUUUGAGAGUUUUCCACUUUCUGAAGAUCAAUCCCGAGUGUUGUCUUCUGGAGAGCGCCUUGUGUUGGCGCAGCCUGAGGGAUCUCAGACAUAUUUAUUUCCUAUCUCUAAACAAAACACUACCGAUCAUCGAUUCGUACUCUUCGUGUCUCAAGGCUCUGUACCGCCGGUAUCACCUCAGAAGCCAAAUUCACUGCGCAUAUCGGUCGCGCGGUGCUUUGGUUUGACAGCUUCGCUAGAUUGCAAAACUCUUCAUCCCCUAGUUCAUAAACUCAUACCCAAUCCUAUACCUGGUCAUACUUUUCCCGUUCCUCAGCAGGGUACAGACGAAUCGGAAGGCGUUGUGGUUUUUGAUGCGGACGUCAUUCCAGAAAGAAACUCCGAUGCUCAGUGGAUAGCUGCGAACAUAGAGCGGGCGGCAGGAGAGGGAUGGCUUGUUGGUGGGUUUGUUUCUGCAGAUCAAGUAUUUGACGAUGUUUCCAUGACCAAAAUGCUGCUUGGUGGUACGAGAGUGACGUUAUCAGAUCCAGCCGCACUCUGGACGUCUGUGCGCUUUCCGAAGUUGAGCUCAAACGCAUUGGUGGUGUACAGAGUUGUUCCGUUGACAACGGAUAAUGUUUUGUGUAGAGAUCAACCACUUUUUCCACCUUUGCUGGUGCACAAUUCGCAUCCCGCGGAAACUCAUUAUUUUCCUCUCAUAACGCAACCCCCCCGUCGGAUUCUUCUCCACACUCACGGCUCGGCCCCAUACGUACAUUCAAAUCAUGGUCGGAGCGAAGGUUUUGAACUCGUGAUCUACUCAGUUAUCAAUGGUUGCUCUAUGCAACUCCGAGGCUUCGACCUUCAAAUAGACUGGACAGCCACUUUGGGACGAUGGUCUACACGAUAUUUUACGACAGUCGUGUGCUGGGCAGUUGGCAUCGUAUCGCUCGUCGUCUUCAAAGCCUGGAGAAUUGGAGAGAGCAACGGCAUCCCGUGCGUGCCUCCUGUUAGCCAUUCCCUCCGCGAUUUUGGUCAACGACAGUUACCCAAACUUAUGUUGGUAUCUUAUUUGCUUUCGCUGUUGCCCCUCCCAGACUAUCUCUUCAUAGGGAUGGAGGGUGAAUGGCUAUAUGCACCGAUAGCACCCUUGCUUCUUAUGGUUGCUUCCGGGCUGGUAUGCGUUUCGUGGAUGCUCCUGGUUGUCCUUAUGUGGCCAAUAGGCAUGAUCAGGCAUAUAUACUUUGCGAGACCGCGAGAAGAAGUUAUAAGCGCGCGAAGAAGCACAGUCGUAUCAAUGUGCUUCAUUUUUGCAUUGAUAAUCUUUUUCAUUCCCUGGCAGGUAGCCUACCUGUGCUGCUGGCUCAUACAUUUGCAGUCUUGCGCCUCAGACUGUUUCCCGUCGCCAGAUCCUGUUUCACAAGUCGAUACAGCCAUUCCGUUACUCAGUCGAGACGAAUCUCCUUCUGGGGGUCGUCGAGGCAGUGAACAACCGUCUCACAAACAUUUGAUUAGUAACAGCCACCAUAGAGCACAUUUAUUGCUUUUAAUGACUUGGCUACUUCCUCUAGCCGCCCCCGUAUUAGUCGUGUGGGUGCGAACACUGGUUACUGCGGGGCUCAGUACGCCGUUUGACGGAGAUCAUUUCUUCUUGAAUGUCGCCCCGUUCAUGAUUCUCGUUGACUAUGCUUCGUGGACUUCGAAUCCGCUCUUGCAGAAACACAGGCUUGUGGUCGAGAAGUAUUUUUCGGCAUCAUGGACACUUUGGCUAGUUGCAGGAGUUGCAUUUUUCGUAGGACCGCGAAAAACGUAUCAUGUCUUCGAUGCGGCGCAGGUAGCUAUCGGGAUGCUGACUGUUCUUCGAAUUGGUCCUCAAUACUGGGGUGGAAAUCCAUGGCGACUUUCUAUCCCUCAAAUGCAACUCUUUCGCUGA